CACUUUACCUAUCAUCAUCCAUCACUGCUGAGCAGUCUCAGUUUUAUUAUAUCUUUCAGUAUAGAUACGUGAUUCUUCCUCUUCCUCAUCAUAUCUCGCAAGCAAUGGCUGCGUAUCUCCCUUUAGAGAUUGUCCAGUCCAUCCUUCUCCACCUCGAUGUGGAAACAUAUAUUGCCGCACGGCAGACGUGUCGCUCCUGGCGUUGUGCGGCGUCAACACCAUACAUGUUCAGGAAAGCUCUACAGCAAGUCCCGGUCUCAUUGCCUCCAACGAUAAACACCUUGACUCAAGAUCAAUGGACCGCAUACUUCGCGCAGAUCACCCGCUUGAAUCUACUACACUGCCGACAGGAUAUUCAGAAGUCAGUGACCCAACGGGAUCUCCCCCAGGAAUGCUCCCCUACCACUGUGGUGGGCACCUCAGCUGAUGGACGGAAACUGGUGAGCCUGAAAGGAGGGCGGGCGACCGUAUACGAGCGUGUAAACCUGACAAAUCCAUGGGAAUACUCCCGCAGUAUAACACUUUGCUCGCAGUGGACCUCUGUCGUCCGUGCCAUGCUAGAAGGGGGAACCGCAGGCUGCAUGUCCAUCAAUCAGCGAUACGCAAAACAAAGUAUUGCUUUCUCCUCUCAAGGGGACUUUAUCGCCGUAGGGCUGGGGAGAACCAUCCAAAUCUACAGCCUUCGCAAGGAUGAAAAUCUUCUCUCUCCUGCAGAAUAUGUACUAGGCCAGGAUAACUCCUUAGCCAGCACCACACGAGGCCAUUACGAGGACACAGACGGCGUCGUUGAUUCCCUAGAGUUUGCCGACAACGACACUCUCCUCCGUGUCUCUAUCAACAAAGAAACAACUAUUCACCAGCCCACCCGAGUGCGGUACUUGGGCUGCCCAGACCUCGCACACAACCUACCCGACCUCAACUACUGGCAAGCAAACAUCAACCGGAUCUACCUCGACUCGUCAUCUUUAUCAGUGGCGCUCGCAGGACAGGACGAAUACCGACUGAUCUUCCGAGGCCUACGACUCCUCCCCCCAUCAUUCCUCGCAACUCAGCAGCAAGAACAAGAAGACCAGCAAACGUCUCCUCUAACGUCACGCUAUUUUGUCGCAUCACUACAAUCAGGCGUCAUCCACAGCUACUGCAUCGGCCUCGCAACCCCCCUCACAUCCAACUCCCCCCAAACAGUGAAGGUACACCGACUCCUCCCAUCCGCCUAUUUCCGCCCAGGAGAUGGCAUCACAGGCACCCGCACUGAAGAACUCCCGCCACUCAACCCACGCCUCCCAGCCAGCCGCUGCGACGAGCAACACAUAACAUAUAACCUCCUCGACAAAGUUCCCCGGUGGAACGCAGCCAACCUCCCAUCCGCAACCUUCCCAUCCCCUCUCCUAUCCAUCUCCACCGACCACAAAAUCCUCGCCCUCUACGAACCAAGCGGCAACUACUCCCCUGCCAUUGUCUCCGGCGGCUCAUUAUACUUAUACUGUCUCGAAAACUGCCACCCCGUAUACCAACCGGGUCCGCAGAGAUUCAAACAGCCAACCCAGAAGACCUCCCUCCCUCAUCAGCGGGCUAAUAGCCCCGACGACAAAUUCAGCGCCGAUGCCAGAUAUCCGCCCCCGGACAUCGUUCCCUCUUGGCCAUUCCUUCUUGACAAAGUGCCUGUUGAUAUUGACAGUCUUGAAGUGAAACGGUCAACCCAAGACGAUGGUGUUGUCUAUUUGAAGAGUUGUGCAUAUACCGUUACCGCGCGUUCAGGCGGACAGGUUCUGGAGUGGCGGAUGAGUUCUUAGGUUGUUACGAGUCUGAGAGAUCGUUUCCUUUGCUUUCCUUUUUCGGGUUCUUUUUAUUCGGAUAGAUUGGUGUUUCAUGCGAUUAUAUUUAAUGGGAUAGAUCUGGACAGAAUGGUAUCCUAAUGCUCACUUGUAUAAGUUAUAAUUUGAUAGAUUAGGGAAUACUUUACGAACGGUUCGUGCAACCUCAACCUUGUGUUAUUACUGUAUGUUCAAUUAAUUAAUAACGAGUAUCUACAUACACUAACAGCCAAGGCUGGUAGCAAAAUGGACCACAUGGAGGGGAAAGGGUAAACAGAUGCAUAUGCUUGGAAUAUCUUGUGUAGGAACGUGACUCGCAAGGCAAACAUGUCACUAUCGGG